AUGAACGAGGCUCGACCGGAGCCAUGGAGCAGGGUUCUGUGGAAAACGCAACCUUUCUCUGAUAACCACAUACCGCCAAAGCUGUUCCUCGUGUCUUUGCAACGGAAUCCCAACCUUGAACCGUAUUCAUAUUGGCGUCUCGUUCACGCCUCAUGCGCUGUUACCCAGCAUCUCUCUACCAUCUACUUUUUCUUAGCGGUAUUUAUUCGAUUGAAGGAGAAUCAACUGGAUCCUCGAACGUUGGUAUACAUAUCUGUUGGUUGUUUCCUCGCGGGGUAUUUCACUUGGAACGUGCUCGACUCUGCAGAGCCCAGCUCCGAACGCAAUGCUAAUCAUUUGAAAGCUCUAAAAUCGUCUAUAAUGAUGUUUCUUGCGCUGAUGUCCCUUUCACCGGUUUUAAGGACUCUUAGUGCAGCUACAUCUUCCGACUCGAUUUGGGCACUCGCUGCCAUUCUCUUUAUCCUGAACGCCCUUCUAGCCAACUACACUGCCUCGAAAUCGGGCGGGCAGAUCCGUGAUCGGUUGACCUCCGUGUUAUCAAUGAAUGCUGCUGUCUCUGCAUCGGUAGUCUUGGCGUCACGUCUCUGUACCGAUGUUGCAGUGUUUGCACUUGCCCUUUUCUCGGUCCAAGCGUUCGCACUGUUCCCCAUGCUCAGACAAAGACUACAGACGUCACUGGUAGCUGUCUGGCUUUUUUUAACAAUGUUCAUGGCCGCUUCAGCAGUGUAUUUGCUCGCCUCUCUGUCACAAAUAGUGAUGUGGCUGGGUCUCUUCAUGUUAUUCUUUAUUACCCUCAUUGCUCCUAUCAUCCUAAUCUGGGCCCAGAGGUACAAGAAUAUAAUUCGAGGCCCAUGGGACGUAGCGGUGCCAAAAGUCAAUUAA